AUGGAGACCGCCAAGCUCAACCCCAUCAUCCGGGAUGUCUACGCGGCCGCUGGCCGUGUCCAGCAAGCACCGGCCACCGCCUCGGCGCGGAGGGGCAGCGGCUGCCGAGAGCUCAUGGUCAAGCUGACGGAGGGGCAGUACGUGCUGUGCCGCUGGACCGAUGGGCUCUAUUAUCUCGGAAAGAUCAAAAGGGUGAGCGGCUCCAAGCAGAGCUGCCUCGUCACGUUUGAGGACAACUCCAAGUACUGGGUCCUCUGGAAGGACAUCCAGCAUGCCGGCGUCCCCGGGGAGGAGCCCAAGUGCAACAUCUGCCUGGGAAAGACGUCGGGCCCCAUGAACGAAAUCCUCAUCUGCGGGAAGUGCGGGCUGGGUUAUCACCAGCAGUGCCACAUCCCGGUGGCGAGCAGCGGCGAGGGCCCGCUGGGGACACCGUGGUUCUGCCGCCGCUGCAUAUUUGCCCUGGCUGUGCGGAAGGGGGGUGCCCUGAAGAAGGGAGCCAUCGCCAAGACGCUGCAAGCCGUCAAGAUGGUGCUGUCCUACAACCCCGACCUGCUCGAGUGGGACUCCCCGCACCGGACCAACCAGCAGCAGUGCUACUGCUACUGUGGGGGCCCUGGCGAGUGGUACCUGAAGAUGCUGCAGUGCUACCGCUGCCGGCAGUGGUUCCACGAAGCCUGCACCCAGUGCCUCAGCGACCCCAUGAUGUUCGGAGACCGGUUCUAUGUCUUUUUCUGCUCCGUGUGCAACCAGGGACCUGAAUACAUCAAGCGCCUGCCCUUGAGAUGGGUGGAUGUCGUCCAUCUGGCCCUCUACAACCUGGGCGUACAGAGCAAGAAGAAGUACUUCGACUUCGAGGAGAUCUUGGCCUUCGUGAACCACCACUGGGAUCCGCUGCAGCUCGGGAAGCUGACGGGCACCCCGGUCUCCGAGCGCGGCCCCCACCUCCUCAACGCGCUCAACAGCUACAAAAGCAGGUUUCUGUGCGGGAAGGAAAUCAAAAAGAAGAAAUGCAUCUUUCGCCUGCGGAUCCGCGUCCCGCCGAACCCCCCCAGCAAGGUGCUGCCAGAGAAAGCCCCCAGUGUGGGUGAGAGCGGCUCCUGCGAGCUGAAGAAGAGGGGAAAAAGCAAAUAUGUCCAUAAAGACAGCCUGCUGCCGCGGCAGCUCCAGCAGCAGAAGCGGCGAGCGGCGCGGCGCAAAAGGGCCAAGUUCCUGCUGGAGGACGCCAUUCCCAGCAGUGACUUCACCUCCGCCUGGAGCACCAACCACCACCUGGCCAGCAUCUUUGACUUCACACUGGAUGAAAUUCAGAGCCUGAAAAGUGCCAGCUCGGGACAGACUUUCCUAUCAGAUGUGGACUCCACAGAUGCCGCCAGCACCUCGGGCUCGGCCACCACGAGCCUCUCCUACGAGUCCAGGUGA